UUACCGGCUUCAAAUGACGGCACUGUUUGUUUAUUUCUUAACUUCUUUAUUCGAAUCCCACAGGUGGAUUGAAAGAUUCCUUGCAUCCGAAGAACGUAUGAAUUUCUCUGGAUUCAUCUUGAUCUAGCAUAUGUAUGGAUUCAAAUACCUUGUAAUUACUUGUACAUCAAUAACAAGACAUGACAUUGUAGUCAAAGCUUUUGCGUCAACUGCAAUCCAGCAUUUCAUUUCAAUUAUCUACGCAACUGUCUCUGUGACAGAAUUUAUGAAGACAGCAGUUAUGGACGGAGAUGGUAAAUACAAUAAACCUUCUCCACUAAGAAACACCAAGGCUGCUAAUCGUCCUUUCCAAUCACCAUUGCGUUCUGUUCUAAGUCCACAUGGAAAAGUUGAUCCUCAAAUUAAGCAGCGAGAGACUUCAAAUCUUGAUUCAUCCCCAAUUACUUCAAGAACAGUUCCACAAAGAAGUAAAGCAACGGUCCAGUCAUCAGUUUUACAGAAAAGGAUCUGCUUAGAUGAUGAGCAAGAAAACCUCAUGAGCAAAGAGGAACGAUCAAUUAAUGAAGUUGAUCUUAAGGAAAUUGCUACAAGAAUACAGGAUAAGAAACUAAGGUUAGAAGAACUGCGGCGACAAUCGGUAUAUAAAAAAAAGCAUGACUCCACCGAUUUAGAAAAUCUGAUAAAAAGGUGGCUUCGAGGAUGUCAAGAGGCGCUUGUAGAGUUUCAUAAAGAUAUAUGUCGUAAAGGAGAAACCGCGGUAAGCAUGAGUAAGCUUUUAGAACAGCUAGGGAUUCCUCCUGAAUUGGUACAAUAUUCUAUUGAAGAUUGCGAUUUCGUGUACCCGUAAUUUGAAGGUCAUGGAAGUGUUGAAUUAUAUUCAAACCUCAACUAUAUUAUAUAUAUUAUAUAGGGCUAUUUAUUCGUUCAAUGAAUACCACCGUAUUGUUUUUUUUCUAAUCAUAUAACGAAACUUUGUUCUUUAUUUUAUUAUUACACUAUAACAUAAAUAUUUAAUAUUUGUGUGGUCUGAACGGGUGAUCUGGAUCAAACAGUAGCGGGUCCUUUACGUAGGCUACCUCUUUAAGGUAGUAUGGCAUGAGUCCUAAAUUAUAAAAUUUAUCUUUAAUUUCUGAAAAGAAGAUUGUCCGAGUCUAAAAAUAAGACAAAAGACUGUUUCUGACAGAGGUUGAUAUAUUGUUAAAAACCACUGUGCUAUACUGUGGUAUUAGUUGAAGUAAGACAACCCAAAGUUGAAAUCUAAUAUAUUGAAAGGUUGUUGAACAAAUUGAAGAAGUGUUGAAUAAAUUUUUCUACUCAAGGCGUUACUUGGAA